AAUCGUCGACCUUACUGACAUAGAGAGAUUUGGUGAAAACAAAAUGUGUUGUGCAUUCACUACUGCAUUUUGUGAACAAAGAAAUGGAUUUGCCGAGUGACUUGUCAAAGGAUAGAGUAUAUUCUUGGGUUCUUCAAGUUUUGAAAAAGGAGAAUGUAACAAAUUACCAAAUCAAUCUUGAUGGAUCUAGUGCAAAAGCCGAAGGUUUCAUUGGAGAUAUUAUAUUCGCAGAUGUUUCUGGAAGUGAUAGUAACGGACAGAAGAAGGUUUUGAACCUCGUGAUAAAAAUAGGAAAAAUCAACGUAAAUCUGCGAGACAAGUUUCCCAUGAAAAACUUUUCUUUGAGGGAAAUAUUCGUGUACGAACAGAUUCUACCAGUAUUCAUGGAAUUUCAGAAGGAGAAGAAUAUUUUGAACCCAUUUGAAAGUUUUCCAAGGUGCUAUCAUACGAUGGUGUUCCCAGAUACAGAAGUGAUCAUAUUGGAAAAUUGCAAACCCCUUGGAUACGAAGUAAAUAAUUCAAAAUCCUUGAAUUUGGAGCAAAUCAAAUUGGUUUUGAAGAGUUUUGCUCAGUUUCAUGCUUUGUCUUUCGCCCUGCGUGACCAAAGGAAAACAGUAUUCGAAGCAUUGACUUUCAAAUUUCCUUCAAUAUUUGGAAUGAUUCUGCAUGAUAUCAGUUUCAAAAGUUUCUACAGACGUAGUAUUGAUGAAGCUAUUAUAUUGCUAGUGAAUUCAGAUGAGAUUGAACUGGCCCACAAACUGCAAAAAAUAAUGGAGGACGAUCCAGUAGCUCUCAUGGAAGAUAUAUUGCAAGAAGAUUGUAACGAAGAAUCAGUUAUAUUACAUGGAGAUAACUGGAUAAAUAAUUUUAUGUUCAUUCAAGAGGAAACAAUAAUUAGUGACCCCGACGUGACCACGAUAUGGAGAAACGUAAAACGUACGUCCGAGCGAGAAAGUGCAGGUCUGAAUCAAAGUCUGUCAUCGGACUACGUAUGGCCAAACAGAUUUGGAAGUCGUGAGAAACCAGAAUCCAAUCUAGACAAGCUACCUGAAAAAGUCGUUGAAGAUAGAUCAGGCGAGUCAUCUUCCAAGAUACAUGAGAUUCACUCGAAGCAGCCUGUUCAUUCGAGAGCCUCAAGGGAUACCGGAUCAUCUCGACGAAGUAGUUUGGAUUUGAAAAAGAAAAGAAUAGCUCUAAAAAUAAAAAGACAAAUACGGGAGCUACUAAGAAAAUCUAGAGAGCUGGAACUGGAAGAACUACAACUGGAAGAAAAGAAUCGUAGUGAGUUGAAGAAAAAGGAAAUAGCUGAUAGUUUACACCUUCUUCAACUCGAAGAAGAAUUGCAUGAAGCCGAAAUAGAUGCUCAAGAAGAGGACAGCAGUCAAGUUCAAUCAGAAGCAGGGAGCGAAAAUAUCAGGAGAGAAUUAGUUCAAGAACAAGAACAAAGCAACAGAGUAUCUCAAUGGAUAGAUUACACAUCUGAACAAUUUCAUUAUGAUAGACAAGAAAAUCUGUCACGUAUUCUUGAAAAAACUGAGAAACUCACUGAUAACAUACCCAAGGUCGAAGGAAAAUUUCUCGAAGGAAAACCAGAAAAUAUCACAUCUCAAGAUUGCAAACGUCCUCAGAACGUUUUCUCUCCCAGCUUCAAUAACUCAAAACCCAACGUCACAUGA